AUGGGCCCGAAAGCCAAGAGUAAGAAGAAGGAGCCCGAGCCGAGCGACAAUGGCGUGACACGGCCGAUGCUCGUGGCCAACUACGUCAAGAUGUGCCGAUCGAUUGGCGUGCCCGCGAACCCGUCCAUGUCGGAGGCCCUCAAAGGCAAGGGCGACGAGGCCGAAGAGCGCUUGACGCAGCUCAUUGUCGACGAUGAGUUUGGUCCGCUCGGCAGCGGCGGUGUCCGCGCCAUGGCCUGCGCCGUUCUGAUAUCCUUUCCACGAUGCGUGCUUAUCACGGCAGCGUACAUGCACCUCUCGACGAUCCGCAUCUGGAACAACCCGAUCGGGGACGAAGGCGCGUCUGCCAUCGCAUCCAUCCUCUGCGAAGGCAAUGGUCUCGUUAACGUCGUGUACGUCGAGCUCAUGGACUGCAGCAUUGGCGUCGAGGGCGCUCUACUCGAACAAAAAUCGCCGCUCCAAACACUCAAGUUGAACUGCAACAAUGGCAUUGGUGACGCCGGGGUCUUUGAGCUGUGCCAAGGUCUCUUCACCAACACCACGCUCAAGCAACUCCACUUGGAGUUUUGCAGCAUCACGAAAGAAGGCACGGUCGUCUUGGCGCAGCUCGUGAGCAUGGCCAAGAGCAGCCUCCACUCGCUGAGCCUCCAAGGCAACACGAUCGGCGACGAAGGACUCUUGAACCUCUCGCUGGGACUCAAGCGCGCGCGGUCGCUCACGAAACUCAAUCUCUCGGACAAUGCAAUCCGAAAGGACCCCGAAGCUCUUACGGCAUUCAAGGACGCGAUCGAGCACUGCAAGACGCUCACCAAUAUCUAUUUCUCGUUCAACUUGAUUGACGUCGAGGGUGCCGAGAUCCUCUUGCCACUGAUGGAGCAGGACGAGGGGCGCAUCAAGGCCUUUGAAGUGGACCCGUCGCUACCACCCGAGAUCUUCAAGAAGCUCAAUCGAAGCGAGAAGGGCGAGGGGAAGAAGAAGAAGGGCAAGAAAAAGGGCAAGAAAAAGUAG